AUGGCCGCCAAACCGUACAAUUCUUCAUUCGACCCAAUGCGCUUGUUAUUGGGUGUGUUGGUGAUUACCUUAGUGCUAAGCACUGUCGCAGAAGACAAUGCGAAGACUGCGUCACCGGGUCCGAAUGAGCCAGUUAUACCUGGCACAGGCGCGCCAGAACUGUUAACCGGAAUGCCAGAUCACAAGGGAGAAUGGAUGACAGAGUGGGAGUGGGGGACAGGAGUGUGGCAUGGAGGAGUUUCAUUGGAACCAGGAAAAUAUUCCGGAGAACCACUGGGGCCAGAAGGAAUUUCUGGAGCACCAAUAGGACCAGAAGGAUUUUCUGGAGAACCAAUAGGACCAGAAGGAUUUUCUGGAGAACCAUUAGGACCAGGAGGAAUUUCUGGAAAACCAGUGAGUCCUGGAAAAAUCUCGGGUAAACUGGAGGAAGGAGGUGAAACGGUCACUAUGCAUGGACCUGUGACAACAGGACCUCCAGAGGUUCUAGGAAUGUGCCCUAAUAGUGAUAUGGAGGAUGACUUUAGAGUGAAAAUAGUAGCAGCGCACAAUAAGCUGAGAGGUCAACUUGCAAAUGGGACAGUAUGUAACGGUCCAGGUGGUGACGCUUGCAUAAAACUGCGAAAGGCAAAUAAGAUGAUGCAAGUGAAGUACAACUGCGAUAGUGAGAAAACUGCUCGUGCAAUCCUACCAUCAUCACCACCCUCCACAUGCGAUUUCUCAGAUUUCCAAGGAAAUUUGUAUAAAACAGCAGGAGAUGUUGCGUUUGGACCGCUCAUAGAGCAGGCGACCGUUGAAUGGUGGUCACAAAUAUAUGCCAGGAAAAUAGAUCAGACCCAAAAUCUAUACUACACACACCUUGGUAUUGCAAAGUUUGCGUUGAUGGCAUCCGAUCUCACCACCGAAAUUGGUUGUGCGCACUUCAAGUGCGGUGCAGACUCAUAUCUAGCUUGCUCGUACAAGACGGAACUGGCGAAUGCGAAGAAAUUGUAUAAUAUGGGUCCUACCUGCAAACAAUGUCCGGAAGGAUUGGAGUCUUGUGUUGAUAGCUUGUGUCCCGUCAAACAACUCGAACCUCCUACAAAGCCACCCGAGGUACUAAAACCUACGUGUCCUGACAAUGCAGAAGUGCAGGAAGCUUUCAGAAGAGCAAUCUGGGGGGUACAUAAUGAACACAGAGCCGUACUCGCGUUGGGAGGGACCAGAAAUGGUAAACGAAGGAUUCCGGACAUCCUUCUGAUGCGAAAAGCAAAUCAAAUGGGUGAACUGAAGUACAACUGCGAGCUGGAGAUGAAAGCUCUAGAGAGAGCCAGACAGGGUCCAGCGCAAGCUGAUAACUCAGAAGGACUUGUUGAGAAUGUCUUUGUCUGGGAUAAAAAGAAGAUUCCAAAAUGGGACAAGCUAGCCAGAAGAGCAGCCUCAAUGUGGUGGUCCGAAAUCCUCAGACGUGAGACACCCUUCGAUCAAGUUCAAAAUAUUUUCUACACUCAUUUGGGGAUUACGAGCUUUGCCAUGAUGGCGUCCGAUCUGACUACAGAACUUGGUUGUGCCCAUUUUCCAACUGAAGGGAACAUCGUCGUAGUCUGCCAUUACCAAACAACACUGAAACACGCAACAAAACUCUACAAUAUGGGUCCGACAUGCAAAAAAUGCCCACUUGGUAUUGAUUCUUGUGUGAAUGGUUUGUGCCCUACCAUAAUUCCUCCAAAACCACCGGAGCCAGUUCUCGUAAGCUCAUGCCCAUCCAACACUGAAAUGCCCGAAAAAUUCCGAAGAGCUAUAUGGUUAAAACACAAUGAGCACAGAGCAGUCCUUGCUUUGGGAGCCGCAAGUAAUGGUCACGUGAGGGUUCCAGAUAUCAAGCUUAUGAGAAAGGCAAAUCAGAUGAGCGAGUUGAGGUACAAUUGCGCACUGGAGACACAAGCUCUGGUGAAGGCAAAGCUGUGCGAAGAAAAUCCCACACCAGAGCAGAAUCUAAACGCAUUUAUGUUUGUGCCGAAACCUGCGAGGAAGCACCAACCUACCAUUGAAAAGAUAGGACGCCGAGCAGUUUCAAAGUGGUGGUCUGAACUCAAGAAGCUCAAUACACCUUUUGAUCAGACCCAGAAUCUCUACUACGACCACAGUGGAAUCCCUUCUUUCGCUAAGAUAGCAUCGGAUUUGACUACGGAGGUUGGCUGCGCUUACGCCACAUGUGGAUCAAACACUAACGUAGUUUGUCUAUAUACAACCACAUUGGCGAGCGCCAAAAAGCUUUACAAUAACGGACCAACAUGCAAUAAAUGCGCAGGAGGUGUGGGCGUUUGCAUGAAUGGAUUGUGCCCAGUCAAUGUGACAAUAACAGUAGAAAUUGCAUAAUGCAGUAGUUUUUUUGCCCUAUCUAUUUGGAGAAUAAACAGCACUUUACGCUAGCUACAUAUAUGUUUCAACAGAUAAACACACUUCA